CUGAAUGGGGAUGGCAGUCUGACCAGCGGCUCUUAACCUGAGGAGUUUCUCAUGAAUGGGAGUCAGAUUCCAGCCCGGAGAGAGACGCUGUGUGUUGUUCAAACAUAGACUGUAGUCUAUGCCUUCAACACAGAAAAGAAAACAACGUUCACUUUUAAUUAGAUCAAUCUGACUGAAUAUUUUAUGAGAGACAGGUUUCACUGCGGCAGAGGAGCAUUGUGGAGACUCUGCGACAUGGAGAACGGCUGUGAGACUGGGAGACCCUAGCAAGGGAAAGAGGUAAAGGGGGCAACAACGAGGAACCAUCUUGGUUAACAGACUGCUCCUUGAUUCUGCAAUGCCAGAAGAAGCAAAUAAGGACGCCAUGAGAACGCCAGUGACCCCUGAUAAGGCAAACAACAACGAGCAUCCUGCAGCCCCCGUGACAACGGUAAACAUCCCACUGGUCAAUGAAGUCCAGCUGACCGCAGCCACCGGCGGGACGGAGCUGUCCUGCUAUCGCUGCACCGUCCCGUUUGGUGUGGUGGUCCUAAUCGCCGGCAUCGUGGUCACCGCCGUGGCUUACAGCUUCAACUCCCACGGAUCCACCAUCUCAUACUUCGGCCUGGUGCUCCUCUCGGCCGGCCUGGUGCUCUUAGCAUCCAGCGCCGUCUGCUGGAAGAUAAGACUUGAGAGGAAGAAGGAGAGGCGAAGGGAGAGCCAAACCGCCCUGGUUGCAAACCAGAGGAGUAUUUUUACUUGAACUAUCUGUGUCUGGAUGACACACAUCCUGGUUUUCUGCGUCUGAAAAGGUCUGAUUUUAAGACUGAGUUGGAGAACCAGCUGUGGACAGAUGCUGUUCAGCAUGUGUUUGGAUCUGACCUAUAAAAGCUUUGACCGCAGAUUCUCAAGGCCCAGAACUCAAAGCUUUGAAGACAUUGUAAGGGUUUUAUUUGUGGGGCAUCUGGUGAGCUGGGAAUGCUGCCAGGAGGAAUGUAUCACAAUUAAGAUUAAUUACCACUGUGCAAAGCGAUGUAGAGGAAGUCUCCCAUUAAUCUGCUGUUGGAUGUGGUGGCUUUGAUUGUAAUGGGAGGGAUUGUGGUUUGAAAAGCCCAGGAAAGGAGAGGGAAACUGGAAAAUCCAGGACAAUGAUUCAUGCCUCAUUUACUGUGCUUCAUCUUCAUAUAACAUAUCUGUUUAUAAUGUCUGUUCACCUCACAGGGAAUGAUUAUGAACUGCCUGUUAUGGAAGUACGGUACUAGAUGUGAGGAUUUUGUUUAAAAUCUGCCAAUAUAUUCUGUUUAGCAUGUCAGAUUAGAUUAGUACAUGACGUUAUAUAUAUAGAGAGAAUAUUUAACCUUAAAUAUAUAUUCUCUUAAGGCACUUUACUCAUUCAUUAUCAUCAAGUAUUAAAUGGCAUCUAUUGACAAAUUAAAUAAGUGAUUCCUCCACAAUUAGAGUACUAUUGCCUAUUUUGGCAAGUUUGGAACAAUCAAAAUUAAUAUUGUGUUGGGUAAUGAUCACUUAUUGUCCAGUGUACUUCCAUACUCUAAAAAAAAUAUGAAAUGCAGCAUAUGUUUUGUUUUUAUAUAAUCAUUUGCAUGUAACAACUGUUACCAGGACAUGAUGAGAUUUAAUAAACUCAUUGAUACAGAAACAUGUAAUAGUUUAACAGCUGGGAGGAAAGAAGGUCAGUGUUGAUUAGAACCCGAGUGAUGCUGGAUUGUUGGGACAGAAACCAAUAUUCAAGAGUUAAUGCAAUAGUUCAGCAUUUUGUAGCCUACAUGGCUGUUGUGUAAAAUAGUUCUAACAGAAACAGUUACUAUACGUAACCACAAAUUGUUGUUUUCACUUUUUUAAUUUGCAUACAGAUCAGAAAAGGAUAUGUAACCUAGUGAGCCAUAGAGGUGUUACAGGUUUUUUUCCUCUAACUUUGGACGGAAGGGAAUUGAUAUCGAAAGAAGCGAAAGCAAAUAAGCUUAUUUCCCCAAAUGUUCCUUUUUCAAAUUUCAGAAAUAUACAUCUGCCGAAAUUAUGCAGAUACACCAAAUGUUUUACCAUAACCACAUAAAAAACAACGUUUUGAUAAUAAAUAUUAUUUUGAUAAUUUAUUAAAUUCAAUCAAGAAUUAGGAAGAUAUUCUGAGUGGAACAUUUUACAGAUAAAUAAACUUGUCAGCGCUCACAGAUGGACAAAGUAUAUCUUCAGCAUUGCUGUACAGAAAGCCAUUGUUCUUACUGGCAGACAUUUACACUGAUUACUACAAGCCAUUGGCACAUGCCAGUGAAUUGUUUAGGCUUUUAAUGUUUACAGGAAAUCUGACUCUUGAUGAGUUGAUGUCAGUGUUUGUAUUCUUUAGAGACAGUGUAGGGUAGGAGAGGUGAUGAGUUUAUAUUAUAUUAACAUUCAGCUCUUUGCUUUCAGUGGAGAAUUGAAAGGAAUGUUUCUUUCUUAUGACAUCCAUGGGUGUGCCUGAGCCUUCACACACAAGUUAACAGACUCUGCCUUAUGUUGAUUACUUAAAAUAAUCAAACUGAAUGUGGUAAAAAAAAAAAAAAAUUGAAUUGUGAUAUCGUUAGAGUUCAGUUAAAUGAAUAGGUUUCAUAAAUGCCAUCAGAUAUCACAACUAAUUAAACUAAUUAAAGUCCGUUCACUGAUCUCUAAUGGUGUCUUAUCACGCAGAUUUCGAUUGUAUUUGCCAACUUGUAGAAAUCCAUCUGCAUCCAUCCCAGCACAAUGUUGUUCUAGGCAUUGAACAUUUCUUUCCAUAAACAUUGUUCCCAUUUAGCACCAAUUGAAAUCCCAGAUAUAUUUCUCUUUAGAGAUGGUCACUGUGUCAGAUCAGGUGACCAAAGUCAUAAUUUCUUAAACAAGAGACAUGGCAGAGCAUACACUUGAUCCUGAUGAAUCGUAGUUCACCGUUUUGUAACGUGCUUAGGUUAAAGGAGGUGGAUCAACAACAACAUGUUAAUGGCACCAAAGAGCGCUCCAUUGGUGAAAUUCUAAACUUUGCCAAACAGUUUGAGAGAAGGCAAAAAUAAUAAUUUUGUCAGGAUGUUGUGAGGCAUCCCAGAUGCUGCUUUGGUUGUCAUUCAUUCCCUGUGACACACCCCAUGUGAUAUAAUGAGCAAUUGCUGUGCUUGAUGCUUAAUUUCAUUCCCCUCCUAAGUAUGUAGCUCACAUGAUAACAGGUGUCCUUAUAACUGCUGAAAUUCCAAACUUCAUUCAUGUGAUAACAUCCACUGAUGAUGGUCAUGAGAUGAGAGAACCUCUAGAAAUCAUUUUGUCAAAUUAAAAUCAACCUUUAACCUCAUUAUCAAAGUUAAACAUGUGAGUGGCUAGACACAACUCAAAAAUGUUGUUUUUCUCAUAGUUUAAUUCAACUAACCCUUUAACUGGCUAUAUCCAUUCUACAUCCAUUUUUUUAAAGUCUAGAGUUUGUUUUCCCAAUUUUUAGUUGCAGAAUUGCAUUGUAUGUUAUAUGUUAUGACUGUGUUAAGUAACACUCUUUAUUCUUCUUAUACAUUGCCUAAAUAAUCAUCAGUUAAUUUGUCUGAUAAUUAAACAUUUCUCCAGAUAA